AUGGCCAACGAUGAAUACGUUACCGACUCUAGUUCGGAUUUCACCGAGUAUUGGAUAGACUCCUUUUUAGGGAUUAAGGGAAAUGAGUAUUUUUGCGAUAUCGAUGAUGAAUAUAUACGCGAUCGGUUCAAUUUGACAGGCUUGAAUCAGGAGGUGACAAAAUUACCCACGUUGAUAGAUAUAAUAACCGAUGUUAUUGAUAUUGACUCACAGCCCGAAGAACAUAGGGAGGUUUUGGAACACAAUGCGAGAAUCCUAUACGGCUUGAUCCAUGCAAGGUACAUCCUCACAACUCGAGGUUUGAACAAGAUGUUUGAAAAAUUUAGAAAUGGCGAUUUCGGUUAUUGUCCAAGAGUACACUGUCAGCUCAACCCUCUACUACCAAUAGGCUUAAACGAUCAGCCCCGAAUGGCGAGCGUGAAGUUAUACUGCUCAAAAUGUGAGGACUUGUACAACCCAAAAUCCGGACGUCAUUCUGUUAUUGAUGGUGCAUACUUUGGUACAUCAUUCCCAGCUAUGUUUUUCCAAAAUUUCCCAAACAUGAUCCCGGUGCAUCUGAAAGAUACUUAUGUUCCUCGGGUUUUUGGGUUCAAGUUACACGAAUACUCGAAAUUAAAUAGAUGGAGAGAAUUACAGCGUUUGAAGUUGGAGAGAAGGCUAAUGAAAAAUGGUAUACAGACAAAUAAUGUUGUUGGUGGAUUCAUAAUGGAUAAUCCCAAUGGUGCUACAAACAGUAGCUAUGCAGAUGAACAACGCAACUUGAGAAGUAUGCUUUCGAGGAGAAUUGUGGCCAUUACUAGGAAUGCGAGGUAUAUCACCACCACCACCACCACCACGCAAAAGGUACCCAGUGUACAACAAGUAGGCGUAUACGAGACACUUCCAUCACACUCGCGUGUGUUUUCCAUGAUUCAACCGACUGGACGUAUCCAUUUAGGAAAUUACCUUGGUGCAGUCAAAAGCUGGCGCACAUUAUCUGAUACAAAUCCCGAUAGUGAGUUUAUCUUUGGGAUAGCAGAUCUUCAUGCAUUUACUGUACAGAAGCCUGCUUCUCAAUUGAAAGAAUUUCGACAUCAAGCUAUUGCGAGCUUGCUAUCUUGUGGACUAGACAUUUCGAAAUGUGUUUUGUACUUUCAGUCUGCUAUCCCCGAACACCUGGAGUUGAAUUGGUACUUGACGUGUUUGACAAGUAUGGGCCAGUUAAACCGCAUGUCUCAGUGGAAACUGAAAGCACAGCAAUCACAGAAUAGUACUAUUUUAGAUGACACGGUGAUUGAAGCAACUAAAGCAGGACUUUUUUGCUAUCCCGUCUUGCAAGCGGCCGAUGUAUUGCUUUACAAGUCUACUCAUGUACCGGUAGGCGACGAUCAGACACAGCACUUGGAAUUAUGCCGUAACAUUGCACGAGCAUUCAAUAGUUUUUACCAAGUUGAUUUCUUCCCUAUACCAAAAACGCUAUUAACUCCAGCUAAGAAGAUAUUGAGUUUGAAAAACCCCGAGAAAAAGAUGUCGAAAUCGGAUCCUGUUCAAGCUGGUUGUGUGUACGUUACUGAUACGCCAGAUGAGAUUUUUCGUAAAGUGAGAAAAGCUACGACUGAUUCCAUCCAGGGACCUUGGAACUUUGAUCCCGUUUCGAGACCAGGUGUAUCGAACUUAAUCAGUAUUGUGUCGGGUCUAACCGACAAGUCGAUUGAAGAGACAGUUGCCAGUCUCCAAGUGUUGAAAGACCACAAGGCGUUAAAGGAUUAUGUUUCCAAUUUGAUCAUUGAUGAAUUCAAAGAAAAGAGACAAUUGUAUGAUGAGUUGUUGAACGAUAAGGCAUACCUCGAUAAGGUGUGUAACAAAGGUCGCGACAAUGCUAAAGAGAUGGCUCAAAAGAAUAUACAACAGAUUAAGCAAAUCAUUGGCAUGGACUGA